AUGAGUGGCUUCGGAAGUGAAAAGGAAGAGCCUUCUCUGCGGAACCUGCGAGCUGGCUACAAAACAGUCUCUCAAGCGGCGCUCUCAGCCCUACUCCAAGAUAUCUCGAAGCAUGGCUUGCCCAAAGCCACAUCCCGUUCUUCGAUCAAGAGGUCGAAAGACUUGGAAGUAGAUAUCGAGACUCCAUAUGGAAAGCUGCUGAUGAGCAAAUCGUUCCAACUCUCAGAGAAGUACCGGCAAUGUAGGCAAUGGGAGUUUCAUUUUGUGAACCCAGCUGCCUUCCUGCAUUACAUUUGCGCAACCUGCGAUGAUUUUGCAUCAGUGUUUUGGGCUGCUGUCUCAAAUGACCCGCCUACAAUUGAAGUGCCUCUCAAAUUUGUUUGCUACAUGGACGACGUUGUUGCAGGCAAUCCCCUCGCCAACCGCCUGGGGAGAAAAUUCCAGAUUGCGUACUGGUCUAUAUACAACCUGGGUGUACCAGCCAUGAGCUGUGAAAGGUUCUGGUUUCCAUUGGUGAUGGCUAGAUCUGAAGUUGUGCGAAAACUUCCGGGCAGAAGGGCUCAGCUGAUGAAAGAAGCUCUGUUAUUGUUUAGGCAACCUUUUGACUUCCAGUCCGGUUUGGUAUUCAACUUUACCAUGGGUCGCCUCAUGCUCUAUGCCCGCGUCGGCAUCUAUGUAGCGGACGAAGGUGCGCUUAAGGAAACGUUUGAGUUUCGUGGCGCUAGUGGCACGCGGCUUUGCCCGCUGUGCGCAAAUAUCGUAGGGUACUCUUCAGAACUGUAUUUACACUCUUCAGAUUUGAUUUCGAGUACUAGUGCUGACCGUUCGAAGGUGCAGAGAGCGUCCAAAGAGUUUAUACUCUCCACUUUGAAUAUUCUGGAUAGCAAGAAAAGGACAUCAACAAAGACUGGCUUUGAGAAACUCCAGAAAUUUGCAGGAUGGACUUGGAACCCAGAAUCCCCAUUGCUGAACACCGUCUUGGAGAUCGAUCUGCCCGCAGAGAUCAUGUUCGACUAUAUGCACACAUUCUUCGUGAAUGGUCUUUGGAACUUGGAGGUAGCACUGCUGCUGCCCAAGCUCCAGGAAACUGGGUUUGAUCGCCCAAUGCUUCACUCUGCCAUUCAGGAGUUUGUGUUUCCCGACCAUCUCAAUGCUCGAGGGGUGACAGGGAAGCAGGUUUUUGUCAAGGAGUGCAAAGAAUCGAGUAUUGGAUGUACUGCAAGUGAGGCGUGCAGCUUGUACGCAGUUGUGCGGUUUCUCCUCAUUGAAAGGUACAACCGCGGCGAACUGAACUCUGUCAAACCAGCGUUGGAUUCGUACAUGAAACUGUGUAGAGCGCUAGACCUGUUGCUCGACGUCCGCCGCGGUUGCACCACCUCUUCGGACUUAACUGCAGCUGCCGAUGCCCACUUACAGGCAUUCGUGAAAUGCUACACUGCUUCUAGCGUCUUGCCGAAGCAUCAUUAUGGUGGGCACUUAGGGGAGAUGCUUCAACGCUUUGAUGGGUUAAUUGGAUGCUUCUGCCUAGAAAGAAAACAUAGAGAAUUUAAACGAUGGGCCAGCCUCUCCGACAACACCCCCGCUUCGUGGGAGAGGGGGGUCUUGCGAGAUGCCUUGGUUGGCCAGCUCGACAGUCUCCGCAAGCACGACGAAGGGUGCGAGUUUCAAGAACCUGGCAGGGAGUUGAAGGCUUUCUUGGCGGCAUCGUUUGGACAAGCCGACAUCACUGUGGCGGACAAAGUUUGCUUGUCGGACUUCGGCGCCACGGUGGCUCGAGGCGAUGUGGUAGUGUUCUCGACAGACGGGACGCUCGAAGUCGGUCAAACCCAGUUCUUCGCCAGAGUCUUGUCUUCGGAUUACGCAUGUAUCAGCGAGUGGCGCAGUCGCGGACACAACAUGUUUGAUGUUGCAGAUUCUGUGCCUGUGCUUUGCCCUUUGAGCUGUAUCUUGGACUCAUGCAUUCACGUGAAGCGUGGAAGCAACGUGGCAGUGGUGCCAAUCACCACCAGAGAUUCAUACGUAGCUGGUUGA